UUCGAGGGAUCCACAAUGGGGACCCAGUGGAUUGCCCCCAAAGGGUUGGGAAGGGUCACUUGUAUAUUCCUGGGGGUGAAAAGGGGGUGUCUCCAAAUCCUCACGUUUCCUUCACCCAGCUCAGUUAACUAUUCGAGGAAGGGAAUCUCACUCCAAGAAAACGUGGGUUUUGACCAUGGUGGUGCCAUACUUCAGUUCUCUGUAGUUCUGAUGUAGGGUUCUUUGGGAAUCCGUAGAAAAGGCAGGGGUUGGUCCUUGUUAGAGCAGAAGUUAGAGACUGGCAGCCUGCAGACCCACGUUGGACUAUAGAGAAGUGUUGUUGUCAUUAUAUAAUUCCGAGUUUGAAUAAGUUUCAGCCUGGUCCUGCCUUUCCUGGUCACUUGCAGGCACUUCUUCGUUUCCAGGCCUUUUUUUGUGUGUGUUUGCAUUGGAGUGAGCUCCCAGUUCCAAAUGCUAACAGGGACAGAGAAAGAAGGAUGUGAUAGCAUAUAAGUGUGGGCUUUUCUUUAAUGUUUUAUUUAUUUUUGGGAGAGCGUGCACCCGCAGGGGAGGGGCAGAGAGAGAGGCGGACAGAGGAUCCGAAGCGGGCUCCGAGCUGAUGGCAGAGAGCCCGAUGUGGGGUUCGAGCUCACGAGCCACGAGAUCAUGACCCUGGCUGAAGUCGGACGCUCAACCGACAGAACCGCCCGGGGGCCCCAGCCUAUAUGUGGUUUUGAAAUGCAUUGUAUACUUUUUUUUCUGUUACCUUCCUACUUAAGCUUGGCUCUGGCUAAUGUUAAGGAUUAGUUUACAUUCCCUGAACACAGAGUGCUUAGUGUUUGGAGGAAGGCCAGAAGCCUACUUCCUGGCAAGGGAAAACCAGGGCAGGUAAAACAUUCUUCCCAGAUAACCUUCUGUGGGGUUCACCGGGUAUAGGCUGUAUUCCUCAGUAGAUCUCCCUGUUUCUUUCUUGGCAAAGGUAUGUCCAGACCAGGCAAGAUGGCUUCCAGUUCCAACGAGCUGAGGUGUCUCUCUUCAGCACAUGGUCUGACAUGGUCUGAGACCACCUAGAAACAUAACCUCCCCACCCCAUGCUCCUUCCCCACUUCCGGGGCUAACAGGCCUUUCUUUCUCCAACUCCAUGGCAGUGCGUAGGGCUGCCCAGCGGUAUGGCCUUCGAGAGGGAGGGGAAACCAAUGACUGGACUCUCUACUGGACAGACUACUCAGUGUCGCUGGAGAGGGUGAUGGAAAUGAAAAGUUACCAGAAAAUAAAUCACUUCCCUGGGAUGAGUGAAAUCUGCCGAAAGGACUUGCUGGCCAGAAAUAUGAGCCGCAUGUUAAAGAUGUUCCCUAAGGAUUUCCUCUUCUUCCCUAGGACCUGGUGUCUUCCUGCUGACUGGGGAGAUUUGCAGAACUACAGCAGGUCAAGAAAAAAUAAGACGUACAUUUGUAAGCCGGAUUCGGGCUGCCAAGGGAGAGGUAUAUUCAUCACCCGGACGGUGAAAGAUAUCAAGCCAGGCGAGGAUAUGAUCUGUCAACUCUAUAUUUCAAAGCCCUUUAUCAUUGAUGGGUUCAAGUUUGACCUGCGGAUUUACGUGCUGAUGACGUCCUGUGACCCCCUCCGGAUUUUUGCAUACAACGAAGGGCUAGCGCGCUUCGCCACCACCUCCUACUCCCACCCCUGCGCAGACAACCUGGAUGACAUCUGCAUGCACCUGACUAAUUAUUCCAUCAAUAAGCACAGCUCCAAUUUCGUUCGAGAUGCUCAGGCCGGGAGCAAGAGGAAGCUCUCCACCUUCAGUGUGUACAUGGAGAGCCACGGCUACAACACGGAGCAGGUCUGGAGAGAUAUCGAGGACGUCAUCAUCAAGACGAUCAUCUCCGCCCACCCCAUCAUCAAGCAUAACUACCACACCUGCUUCCCCAACCACACACUCAACAGCGCCUGCUUUGAAAUCCUGGGCUUUGACAUUUUGCUGGACCACAAACUCAAGCCCUGGCUGCUGGAGGUCAACCAUUCUCCGAGCUUCUCCACCGACUCUUGGCUGGAUAAAGAGGUGAAAGACAAUCUGCUAUAUGACACUUUGGUCCUGAUCAACCUGGGAAGCUGUGACAAAAAGAAAGUCUUGGAGGAGGAGAGACAACGGGGGCGGUUCCUGCAAAAAUGUCGUUCUCGGCAGACCAGGAUCGAGGAGGUCAAGGGUUUCCAGGCUGUGUGGUUAGAGAAAACUGAGAAGUACGAGAAGGAAAACUGUGGAGGGUUCCGCCUGAUUUAUCCUACUCUGAAUGCGGAGAAGUAUGAGAAGUUUUUCCAGGGAAACAACUCUCUCUUCCAGAAUACUGUUGCCUCCAGGGCUCGGGAGGUGUAUGCCCGGCAGCUGAUCCAGGAGCUGAGACUCAAACAGGAGAAAAAAUCCUUCCAAACGAAAGAGAAGGCAGAGACGCAGGGGGAGUCGGCCGGCGAGCGAUCGAGAGGCAAGAGCGCGAGGAGCUGGCCACAGAAACCACAGCAGGAACACAAGGCCACGGCCCCCGUCUCCAGACAAAAUCUCCAGCCAUUGACGUUAGUGUCCUGCACACCUGAGUUGCUCUUGAGUGUCAGAGAUGCAAAGACAAAUGAGACAGACAGCAGCCUCGCCCCGGAGGCCCCCACAAAAGAGGCCGGCCCUGCACGGCGGCACACCUCUGCACCUGACCUGAGGCACUCGAGCCUUCUCGGCUGCCCGGGGCUGGAGCUCGGUAACCCCCUCUCCAGAAUCAAGGAGGUCAAGUCCGCCUCCGCAGUGAACAUAUUCACCAGCACUGAGCCCUUAACCUCAGUGGAAACCUCCCCAGAUUCCACCACCCAGGACUCAGACUCCCCAGAGUCUCUGCCUAGCAUGACCGCGAAAACCAGCUCUGAGUGCAGUAGCCCCAAGACGGUCUCCUUGAAAUACAGGCAGGACCACAUCUCCCAGUACCUCCUCCAGGGGAAAAUCUCGAAAAUUUCUCUGCCGACAAAUUCCCAGAGCUUCUUAGGAAAUCUGAACCAGAGCUGGGCUUCGCCGAAGAGUGACGCGAGGAAGCAGAGUCUGAUGUCGGAGCUAUUCACCAAGGUUCCCCUGAGGGAGAAGCUCUCCCUGUUCCCAGCUCACGACAACCCAAAGCUGGUGCUGAGUAACAAGUCACAAAACCACUCCCUGCCCUGGGAGUGCUGCUGGGGCGGCCAAAGUUCUGGCAGGAAGAGGCGGCUGCACGUGUCCUCCCUUGUCCUCCUGCACCAUCGUCCGAGCUACAAUGUUUCUCUGAAGGAUCUGCUGGUGGUCGCCACCCCAGCCCGACUGGAUCCCAGGCCUGGCCGAAGCCACGGGGGAAGCGUACAGUCACUGCCCGAUCGCUGGCCCAAGAGGAUGUGAGCGGAACUAGAAUCAGACCGGAUCUCUGCCAUUGUUUCCCUUUCCACGUCGUAUUCCCAGGAAAUGAUUUAUCUUUUCUUAAAGUGUCUACAACGUCCAUAGGAUCAACUGAAAGUUUUAUUUCCUCAUCUAGAUAUCCUGGUCUCACAACUGCCUCCCAUUAACAUCACUGGGCCAACAGCCUUGCCUUUUGUGCCCUCCCAGUUAGCUUCCGGUGCUGAAGGACCGUGACUUAUGAGAAGUAUUGGAGCUGCCCCAGGAUCCACCCCAGCUGCCCCACCAGUGGCAUUCCUACGGGUCCCUCAGAUGGCAUUGUCAUCCAGAACACUCCCCCCCCCCCCCGCCCCAGGUAGAGCAGUGUGAAGGGAGGCAUGUUUCAGGGAAGGACUCAAAGCUUCCAGGGAUGCAAAGCCCCCAGUCCACCAACAGGCCUGUGUCAGUUGGCUUUCAACCUCGAAGAGAAAAGACAGAGAAAGGGCCAGGCCUGAAUGGAGAAUUCUGAGCCCUGAGACCAGACCUCCUUCCACCCCAGCCACCUCUGUGCCCAAACACCUUUGUGCCACCUCCCUCACCGGCCCACAUCGAUCCUGCUGAUGGAGAAAGAAGUGAGGCGAGAGUACCCAGCGUGCAAUGUUUCUUCCGUCAACCUGCAGAAAUGACGCAUCUUCCCCUCAAGUGUACAUUAAUAAAUUGCCACGCUCAGUGCCA